AUGGCAACACCAACCCCCGUCCCAACAAGAACCGACCUCGCCAAAAAAGCGAGCCGUUACCGCCUCUACGCUAGAAUCCUCUCUUGGCUAGACCGCCACCUCUCCUGGCCGCUCCCCACCCGACCAGCCUUCGAACUCACCAUCCCCAGCACGAUCAGCAAAAUCCCCGGUCCCAUCCAACUCUACUUCUUCACCGCAACGGGGACCCUGCUCUCACCAGGCGAGGACGAAGAACAACCACACACGAAACGGCCCGUGCUCAUCGACUUCCACGGCGGCGGGUUCGCCAUCGGUCAUCCACUCGACGAUGCGCGGUGGAUCGGGGCCGUCCUGCACAAACACCGGGACGCGGUCGUCGUGAGUGUCGGGUAUAGACUUGCCCCCGAACACCCGUUCCCCAUACCGAUAGAAGACGGCGUCGACGCGGUGAUUUGGCUGUGGGAACAUGCGGGACAGUAUCGACUUGAUCGAGAACGCUUCGUGCUAUGCGGGGACUCGGCGGGUGGGAAUCUGUGUCUAACGAUUCCGCUGCGACUCCGCGAAGAAAUGAUCAAACGCCGUGAGCGUCAGGGGAAAUCUCCCGGUAUCAGACUGGCCGGGUUGAUCGUGUUCUAUCCCAGCACGGACUGGUCGCGGAGUCGUCUUGAGCGGGAUGCGACGAAUCCGAUUGCCUCGAAGAAGUCAUUGAUCACGCCGGAGGUUUUCAAAUUCUUUGAUGAUUCGUAUCUAGUGCUGGAGAAUUUGCCGAAGAAGGAUGGUACGGAUGAAAUUAAUAUGUCUCAUCCGUAUUUGUCGCCCGGUUUAGCGCCAAUGGGAUUGAUAUUGGCGUCGUAUCCCCCGGAUGUGGCGAUCUAUACCUGUGGGUGGGAUCAGUUGCUGGUGGAGGGGAAUCAGUUUCGGGAGAGGUUGAGGGGAUUUGUGGGAUCGGGGGGAAUGAGGUCUGUUGGGGGGAUGGUGAUUGAGGAUGCGGUUCAUGGAUUUGAUAAGAGGCCUUCUUUCUUCUUGGGGAAUGGGCCGAGGGAGAAGAUGUACGGGGAUGCGGUGCGGCAGUUGGAGAACAUGUGGAAGGAGAGAAGGGUUGAUGGUAGCGUUCGAAUCACGAUUUCCCCCUCGCUGACCUUUUUCUUCUCGAUCACUCGUCCAAAAUCACAUCCACUGCUCUAUUCAUCUCUUGCACUCAACAUCCCAAAGGUCCAACCCUCCACUUACUCUUUCCCAACCUUCAACAAACCCAUCAUGUCUGGACACCCCUCCUGCCCUAAUUGCAGUGCCCCCAUCUCGGGCGGCAAGAGCUGCGGCUCGUGUGGCGCGACUUGCCCCAACUAG